AUCGGAUAGAGCUUUGAGCGCUCGGAAGGAGACCGGAUUCUGCUAUCGGCAGUCAGUGACACACGGAGAAAGCUCGGCGUGCGCUCGUCCAAGCUCGGGGAUUCGACUAUCUGCCUGCUGCGGUUCGUGCUCCCUCUCGCCUAUCACAGAAUCAUAGCCAUGGAUAAAAAUGAACUGGUCCAGAAGGCCAAGUUGGCUGAACAGGCAGAGCGAUACGAUGACAUGGCUGCUUGUAUGAAGAGAGUUACAGAGGAGGGAGGUGAACUAUCCAAUGAAGAAAGGAACCUUCUCUCGGUGGCCUACAAAAAUGUAGUGGGUGCACGUCGGUCGUCCUGGCGGGUGGUGUCUAGCAUUGAGCAGAAGACGGAAGGAGCUGAAAAGAAACAGGAAAUGUCGCGAGAAUACAGGGAGAAGAUUGAGGCUGAAUUGAGAGAAAUCUGCAAUGAUGUUCUGAAUCUUCUGGACAAAUUCUUGAUUGCCAAUGCCACGCAACCAGAAAGCAAAGUUUUCUAUUUGAAAAUGAAGGGUGAUUAUUAUCGUUACUUGGCUGAAGUAGCCGCUGGCAAUGCAAAGACAGAAAUCGUGGGCCAGUCACAGAAGGCGUAUCAAGAUGCCUUUGACAUCAGCAAAACUGAAAUGCAACCAACACAUCCAAUCCGAUUGGGUCUGGCCCUGAACUUCUCUGUGUUCUACUAUGAGAUCCUCAACUGUCCAGAUAAAGCAUGUGCUCUCGCCAAGGCCGCUUUUGAUGAAGCCAUUGCUGAGCUUGACACUUUGAGUGAAGAGUCCUACAAAGACAGCACAUUAAUAAUGCAGUUACUGAGAGACAACUUAACAUUGUGGACAUCAGACACCCAAGGGGAUGAAGCUGAACAAGGAGAAGGAGGGGAGAACUAAUGGGCCUUCCUUUUUGUCUGCCUCAUAAAAUUUACACAAUAGACCAUUCGUCAUCCUUACUGUCCCACAAAUAGGUUUUUGUUUUUUUGUUUUAUUUUGUUUACAAUUACGGUUUGUUACUUCUCUUUGGACUUCUAUAUUUCCCAUGUGUUUUUUUUUUUUUUUUUUGUGUUUAAUAAUAGGGAAUAGAGCCAGUUAAUAUUUGGGGGAAAUGAUCAUUUUGGGGGUUUUUUUCUCUUUAAGGUGGCCAAUCUAGGGAUGUUGAGUUUUUAUACAUGUUUUAAGUGUUUUGGCAAAGUACUUCUGGUACACUGUGGAUCCACCACAAGCCCCUGUGUUUGAGCUAUUCUAAUGGAGCGAAGCAUCAUGGAAAAUAAGUGAUCGUUUGCAGGGGUGCUUAAAGGGGACCUGUCACCCAGACAUAAAAAGCUGUAUAAUAAAUAUUUUCAAAUCAAACCUGAAACCAAAAUUAUUAUUUUAUUUUAUUAAAACAUUCCCCUUCCCUCCUCACCAUCUAAUUGUUUAGCCAGAGCAUGGACUAGAGUAUCUGACUUCCCCAUUCUGGCACAUAAACAGGAUUUUGGCACGAUGCAACGCCUGCCUUAAUCGCAAAAUGUUCAUAAAAUGGCUGCUGCCUGCUUGCUGUGAUUAUGAAUUCCAAGACUAAAAAAAAACAACAAAAUGUUAGUUUUUAUAGUGUAAGUGAAGUUUAUUUUGCUUGACCAACAUCAUAAAAUAGGAUUUGGAAUUAUUUCUUAAGGUGACAGGUCCCCUUUAAUCUCGGCCUCCCCCCUCCUCAGCUGUUAUGGGGCUGCCCAUACUAUAGAGGUGUAGGCCUGUAACAGCUGAAGGGGGGGAGGCAGCUGGAUUUCCCUGUUAGAGCAAUGGGCACAGACAUUGACAUUCCUAAAGCAGUUGGGUGCAGAGAACCUGCCCCAAUGUUCCUCUAAAGCUUUUAUACCCUCCAAGUUUCCGCCUGUCCUUUUUACUGAAUGUCCAAUGAGAAGGCAAGUACCUGUCCCACCAGUAGCCAAGGAGGAAGGACCCCCUAAAUCUUCUGCUUUUGUUAAAGUUGCUAUUUGCCAUCUUAUUUGUAUUUAAAUCCUUUCAACAACCUAAGA